CCCUAGCACGGCUGCCCGGACUCGCCCGCACUAGUCGUCACCGCGCCGCAGCCAUGUGUCCCCAGUCCGCCCUGCUGCUCCUGGCGCUGCACUCGCUACUGGCGCCUGCGGCCAGCGCCUGGCAGCUCACGGUGCUGCACACCAACGAUGUGCAUAGCCGGCUGGAACAGACCAGCGAGGACGCCAGCAAGUGCGUCAACGCUAGCCGCUGCGUGGGCGGCGUGGCCCGGCUCUUCACCAAGGUGCAGCAGAUCCGCCGAGCAGAGCCCAACGUGCUGCUGCUGGACGCCGGGGAUCAGUACCAGGGCACUAUCUGGUUCACCGUGUACCGCGGCGCCGAGGUGGCCUACUUCAUGAACGCGUUGCGCUAUGACGCCAUGGCACUAGGAAAUCAUGAGUUUGAUAAUGGUGUAGAAGGACUGAUUGAUCCACUCCUCAAGGAGGCCAAGUUUCCAAUUUUGAGUGCAAACAUUAAAGCAAAGGGGCCACUAGCAUCUCAAAUAUCGGGACUUUAUCAGCCAUAUAAAAUUAUUUCUGUUGGUGAUGAAGUUGUGGGAAUUGUUGGAUACACUUCAAAAGAGACCCCUUUUCUCUCAAAUCCAGGAACGAAUUUAGUAUUUGAGGAUGAAAUCACUGCCUUACAACCUGAAGUAGAUAAGCUAAAAACUCUAAAUGUGAACAAAAUCAUUGCCCUGGGGCACUCUGGGUUUGAAAUGGAUAAACUCAUCGCUCAGAAAGUGAAGGGUGUGGAUGUCGUCGUGGGAGGACACUCCAACACAUUUCUUUACACAGGCAAUCCCCCUUCCAGAGAGGUGCCUGCUGGGAAGUACCCAUUCAUAGUCACUGCGGACGAUGGGCGGAAGGUCCCCGUGGUCCAGGCCUAUGCUUUUGGCAAAUACCUGGGCUAUCUGAAGAUAGAGUUUGAUGACAAAGGAAAUGUCGUCUCUUCACAUGGAAACCCAAUUCUUCUCAACAGCAGCAUUCCUGAAGAUCCAAGCAUAAAAGCAGACAUUAACAAAUGGAGGGUAAAAUUAGAUAAUUUUUCCACCCAGGAACUGGGCAGAACCAUUGUCUAUCUGGACGGCUCCACCCAGUCCUGCCGAUUCCGGGAGUGCAAUCUGGGCAACCUGAUCUGUGAUGCAGUGAUUGACAACAACCUGAGACACCCAGAUGAAAUGUUCUGGAACCAUGUGUCCAUGUGCAUUUUAAAUGGAGGUGGCAUCCGUUCACCCAUUGACGAAAGAAACAAUGGCACCAUCACCUGGGAGAACCUGGCUGCUGUUCUGCCCUUUGGAGGCACAUUUGACCUGGUGCAGUUAAAAGGCUCCACCCUGAAGAAGGUCUUUGAGCACAGUGUGCACCGCUAUGGCCAGUCCACUGGGGAGUUCCUGCAGGUGGGCGGAAUCCAUGUGGUGUAUGAUCUUUCCCGAAAGCCUGGGGAUAGAGUGGUGCAGCUGGAUGUGCUAUGCACCAGGUGCCGAGUGCCAUCCUACAGCCCUCUGGACAUGGACGAGGUGUACAAGGUGAUCCUGCCAAGCUUCCUGGCCAGUGGUGGAGACGGAUUCCACAUGAUCAAAGACGAGUUACUAAGACACGACUCUGGUGACCAAGAUAUCAACGUGGUUUCUACAUACAUCUCAAAAAUGAAAGUAAUUUAUCCAGCAGUUGAAGGUCGGAUCAAGUUUUCAGCGGGAAAUCACUGCCAUGGAAGCUUUUUUUUAAUGUUUUUUUCAUUUUUGGCAUUAAUCUUUGUUUCAUACCAAUAGCCAAAAAUUCUCAUUGCUGUCAAGGGGUGAAACUGCAUUUCUUUCAAGUGAGAUUCAGAUCACCUGGCUUGGCGAUUACCUGUGUCCUUGCAGGCACCCAGAUCGCUGAGAGGAGGAGACUGGCAUUUUCACUCAGGGUCAGCAACUUAAUGAAUUAAGACAAAAAAAAUUAACCCAGGGCCCUAGGAGGAGAAAGCCAACUACAUUUAGUUUACAUAUCUACAUUUUAAUAAAAUUUCAUUGACAAUUUUAAACCAUA